GGAGAUGACUACCAGCACUGCUCUUGUGCUCCUCAUUCUCUCUCUAACAAUACAGGAAUCUGUAGCAACCACAACAGCACUCUGCAAGAACUUCCUGAGAAAGUGCAGCUGGGCAGAGAAUGCAGAGGAGCGCCUGGUAAACUACCUUUUAGGUCCAGAGCACUACAAUAAACUAAUCAGACCUGCUGUCAAUAAGAGCCAGCAGGUCACCGUCUCCAUACAGGUGUCUUUGUCUCAGCUCAUCAGUGUGAAUGAGAGAGAACAGAUAAUGACGACCAACCUGUGGCUGUUUCAGGAAUGGAACGACUACAGGUUGAGAUGGGAUCCUGAGAAAUACGAAGGCAUCAAAAAAUUGCGAAUACCCUCCAAACUUAUCUGGCUUCCUGAUAUAGUGCUCUAUAACAAUGCUGAUGGCGUGUACGAGGUUUCCUUCUAUUGCAAUGCUGUGGUCUCAAACACUGGGGACAUCUUCUGGCUCCCUCCAGCAAUCUACAAGUCAGCCUGUGCCAUCGAGGUGCAGAACUUCCCCUUCGACCAGCAGAACUGCACUCUCAAGUUCCGCUCUUGGACCUACGACCACACAGAAGUAGAUCUUAUCCUCACCAGUGAUUUCGCCAGCCGUGACGACUUUACCCCAAGUGGAGAGUGGGACAUCGUCUCGCUUCCAGCACGCAAAAAUGAGGACCCCAACGACAUAACCUAUCUGGACAUCACCUAUGAUUUUGUGAUCAAGAGGAAGCCUCUUUUCUAUACCAUCAAUCUGAUUAUCCCCUGUGUGCUGAUCACAUCACUAGCUAUCCUGGUGUUCUACCUGCCGUCAGACUGUGGGGAGAAAAUGACGCUUUGCAUCUCAGUGCUGCUGGCACUCACUGUGUUCCUGCUGCUCAUAUCAAAGAUAGUGCCACCUACCUCUCUAGCAGUGCCACUCAUAGGUAAAUACUUAAUGUUCACCAUGGUGCUGGUCACAUUCUCGAUUGUAAGCACCGUCUGCGUCCUCAACGUGCACCAUCGCUCACCGUCCACUCACUACAUGCCUGACUGGGUCAAGCGGCUCUUCUUAGUCCGUCUACCUACCUUCCUUCUCAUGAGGCGCCCAGGCUCUUCCAAUGUUCGUGAUAAACUGCGCCGGAAGUACGCCAGCCGGAGUAUUGUCUGUAAAAAUAACACCCAAGGCAGCACAAACAAAAAGCAGUACUCAAACAUCAGACUCGGUGGGAUCAGAACCGACGCCGACGCUUUCUACGUGAAUGAGGAUUUGGCACACAGGUGUUGCUGGACGGCUGGUGACAUCCCGGAUGGUGGCGGAGGCUUUUCAGACUUCCAGAGGCCUUUGGCCAAUCAGUUAGAUGCAGAUCUGGAGGAGGCAGUGGAUGGAGUGAGAUACAUAGCUGAACACAUGAAGACAGAAGACGACGAUGAAGGGAUAAUAGAAGACUGGAAGUACGUAGCAAUGGUGAUAGACCGUCUGUUCCUGUGGAUCUUCAUCUUGGUGUGUGUGGUGGGAACUCUGGGACUCUUCAUGCAGCCACUGUUCCAGAGCUAUAACACGCCCACUGCUGAUGAGACAGAAUAUGGAGAUUUCUAGGUUUCCUGUGACUGCAACUUUGAGAAGCAUUACAAUGUCUGGCUGUGAUCUGCUCCUAAUGAUUGAAUCUGACACAUAACCAACCGGUGAUGAACUUCAAAUGAACAUGGAAUCAAACCAGUUGCUUAACGUUUGGCUGCGUGUUUCCCCACCUUCAUCGAAGAAACUUUACACCUCAAAGUCGAGCAGUUUCUGUCAAGAUGAUGAAGACAGUGCCUGCGGACAGUUGUUCCAGAAAAUUGUACAAUGUAAAAAACACAAAGGUGAUGAAAAUUAUAGAUGAUUUGCAGUCCCUGUUUCAGUUUUGACUGACUGCACUGCUGAUGAAAGAGUUUAAGGUUUUAACUGUGACUGUUUUUCUCCCAUGUUGCUGCUCCAAUGAGGCCUGCUCUCCUCUCCGGCAUCGCUGAUAUGAAAAUUGUAUGAACAUUUAUAACAGUGGUACAAAAGCGGAACGUCAUUUCUUUUUUCUCUACAUCAACCUUUACUGUAAUAGGAAGAGGAUUUUGUUCUCCCCACCUUUUGUCUUUAACGCACCAUUUCUCUUUCUGUCUCUUUCGUGUUCCACUUCAGAGCACUGUGUUUCAUUUCCACAAUCCACCUCCCAAGUAACGUUGUAACUCUAAUGCAGUGUCUUAUUUUGAAAAAUGUGUGUUCUGCUCUUGGUUUCUCUCAUUGUGUUUUUUUUCUCACAUGCUUGUGUAUUCUCUCCUUGUCUGUCUUUCUAUUCCACAAUCACAAGGCGUGUCAGAGGAAAAGGAAUAGUUUGAGAAAUAUUGAUAGAAGUCUUGAAAAUAUGGAUGAAAUUUCAAAUAGAUGUGACAGAUGGAGCGAGUGCUGUACACGUCACACAUUUUAUUUCAUAUGAAAAGACAACAUUAAUUCCAGUUGUGUGUCUGUUUCCCUGUCCAACGGCACAUUUUCACCCUUCACUUUUUAACUGCCUUAAACUUUUGUUGGACACCAGAAGAUUAAAAACCUGUAGCUGCACCAUG